AUGUCUGGACUUGUAGCAGGACAGGCCAUGCUGCUGCAGUUGUUGGUCGCCCUGGUGCUGGCGUGUGCCACCUUGCUCCUGUACGCCUACUUCUCCUACACUUAUUGGACUCGACGCGGCAUCCCGCAGCUUCCGAAUGCACGGUUCCCCUUGGGCCACGUGUGGCGGGCCAUAACGUUCCAGCGUUCCUUCGGCCAGGUCUGCUGCGACCUCUAUUCGGGAGUGCCAACUACGAAGCCUCUAGCCGGCGCCUACUUCUUCACGAAACCCCCCGCCGUCGUGAGGGAUCCGGAUCUUAUCAAGAAAAUGCUCGUCAAGGACUUCCAGCACUUCCACGACCGUGGCCUCUAUAUCAACGAGGACGUCGACCCGCUGACUGGCCACCUGUUCCUGCUGCCGGGGGAGCGCUGGCGUCUGCUCAGGAACAAACUCUCCCCUACGUUCACCUCAGGAAGCAUGAAGAUGAUGUUUCCGACUAUGGAGAAAUGCGGCCGUGAGUUGUUGGAAGUGCUGGGCAGCGCCGGGGAGGUGGAGUUCCGCGACGUGCUGGCUCGCUACUCCACCGACGUCAUCGCCAGCUGCGCCUUCGGAGUGGAGGCGCACUGCCUGCAGCACCCCGACGGCGAGUUCCGCUACUGGGGGAAGCGCCUGCUCAACCCCACCACCGGCGAAAUGCUCACCAAAACGUUUUGCGACAUGUUCCCUGCCAUCGCCAACAUCUUUCGGGACGUGAAACUGGGCCUGGGACAGCUUGCAGCGCAAUGCGUCGUAUUUUUCGUGGCGGGCUUUGAGACACCGGCAACAACCAUGGGAAUUGCGCUGCACGAACUGGCCUGGAACCAGGAUAUCCAGAGGAAACUGCAGCAGGAGGUGUACGACACACUGAAGGAGUCUGGCGGACAGCUGACGUACGACGGCGUCAUGAGCAUGACGUAUCUUGACAAAGUUAUUUCAGAGACGCUGCGGAAGUAUCCUCCGGUGCCGCUGCUGAACCGCGAGGUGACGCAGCCGUACAGCGUGCCGGGCACCGACUGGACGCUGGAGAAGGGCGUCGCCGUCUUCUUCCCUGUGAUGGCGAUGCAGUACGACCCGCAGUACUUCCCGCACCCGGAACGCUUCGAUCCAGAGCGCUUCUCGGAAGAAGAGAAGAGCAAAAGGCCCAGCUGCGUGUAUCUGCCGUUUGGCGAUGGACCACGAGCUUGUAUCGGUAUGCGUUUCGGCAUCAUGCAGACAAAAAUCGGCCUGGUUAGCCUGCUUAGUCAGCUGAACAUCGAGCCUCGAGCCGGCAUGGUUAAGGAGCUCACUAUGAAUCCACGUUCGUUCAUCCUGAACCCGGUGUCUGGGAUUCAGCUGCGUUACACCGCAAGAGCUAAACAGAAUAAAUGA